ACGUCAUUUGAGCUUCUAUUUUUAGCUGUACGCAAGCGUGUUCUAUAAUAACCGCCAUUAGUAUAAUUUAUUGUAUGUUUAUUAGUUUAUUGUUUAUAAAAAAUAUAUGUUGCACUAAAUAAAAAAGAAAAUGAUUUUAGGAUAAUCUGGUAGAAAUAACGCAAUGUGGGAUUUAUGCUGUAAAUAACGUUCUGUACAAGAAAGUUUUGAAUAAAUUAUACAAUGGGAGCCUUUCUUGACAAACCAUUGACGGAAAAGCUUUUGGAGAGUGGCGAAGGCAAUGGUCUCAAAUAUGGGGUUGCUAGCAUGCAGGGAUGGAGAUUGGAGAUGGAGGAUGCUCAUAUGGCCAAAACACAGUUAGGUGAAGGCGAACUCAAAAACUGGUCUUAUUUCGCAGUAUUCGAUGGACAUGCUGGUGCCGGAGUAUCAAAGCAUUGUGCUUCUCAUUUACUGGAAGCGAUUAUGGCUACAGAUGAAUUCCAGGAGGACACAAAGAAGGGAAUUCAUAACGGAUUUUUAGAAUUAGAUAACCAAAUGCGCUCGUUACCUGAAUUAUCAUCGGGUGAAGAUAGGAGUGGCACAACAGCAGUGUGCGCUUUUAUCUCUCCCCGACUCAUUUACAUUGCGAACUGUGGCGACUCUAGGGCUGUGUUAUGCCGUCAAGGCGAACCGGUAUUUUCCACUCAAGACCACAAACCAGGAUUGCCCACAGAACUGGACCGUAUCGUCAAAGCUGGCGGAUCAGUCAUGAUCUCAAGGGUAAAUGGCAGUUUGGCCGUAAGCCGAGCUUUAGGAGACUAUGAUUACAAGAAUGUUGAGGGUAGGGGUCCUUGUGAACAGUUGGUUUCUCCGGAACCGGAUAUAUUUGUCAGAGAUCGUGAUGAUAAGCAAGAUGAGUUUUUAGUUUUAGCCUGUGAUGGUGUUUGGGAUGUGAUGAGUAAUGAAGACUUAUGCCAAUAUAUACAUAAUCGUCUAUUAGUCACUGAAAACCUGAAUGAAGUUACCAGUCAAGUCAUAGACACAUGUUUGUACAAAGGGAGCAGAGACAAUAUGAGUAUUGUGUUAGUCGUAUUUCCUGGAGCACCUACACCUACUGCGGAGGCAAUUGAAGCUGAAAAGGAGCUAGAUGCCACCAUUGAAAGGAGGAUCAGAGAGAUUGUCCAGCAGGAGAAUGACAUUGAAUGGGGAAAUUUGGUUAUGAAGCUCAAAGCCCUUGGUUUAGAAGGGUUACCACCCGGAGGAGGGCUAGCUUCGAAGGGAACUUUAAUGAUGAAAAUCUACAGUGAACUUUGUCCCAAGCAGGCUGACUCUGUAAUAAUUAUUGAUGGACUACUCUGAAUGAACUCUGGGAAGAUGAAUUCGAACUUUCUCUUCAUCAACCAUUUAUCAGCUCUCAUCAAGAGGAUAUGUCUAAACUAGUGCCAAUUUGUUGAUACCGAUGAACUAUAUGUUUUUAUGUGUUUGAUAUGAAAUAAAUUUCAGAAAAUAAAAUUACUAUCGAAAAAAUUUUCGAUUACUAUUUAAUUUAGGUCUGACUCUAUUGAAAUUCAGUUAACGUAAUAAUUGAAUCUUUUAUGUUUUGUAAAAUCUGAAAAAUUUAAUUCCAUAUAUCCUUUGUCUUCUUGAGCUGAGAAAUAUUUUUGCUGUACCCAGAAUAUAUUUAAAAAAAACAUCAAUAAUACCACAAAGUAUAUCUGUAAUGAAUAUUGUGUAUAUAAUUAGUCAAAACUAAUAACUAUAACUUUUUACUUGGAGAGAAUUUAUUCUCUGGAUAUAAUGGUAUAUUUUCUGGCAAGAAAUUGACUUAUCUGUGAAAUUUGUUAACUGUUGCAUCAUCAACAUUCUCUUUGGUCCUGAAAAAUUGGCAGUGCUGUUUUGAAGGUGCCACACUAAAAAACAGCCAGGUUUAAUAUUCCAAGAGAUAUAUGUUGCAUAAUUUUGUGACUUCAUCAAUCCAUGUAUCUUUGUCGUUGAAAUAUGCAAAACUUUCCUACAAUAAGUGUUGAAAAAGUUUCAAAAUGACCUUUUCAACAUAUUUUUCGAACCCAGAUUUUCGUAUUUCUAUUUGAUAACACAAAUUUCAACACUUAUUGCUCUACUACCUGAGAAUCUACCAAUCUCCAAGAUGUCUGUACAAUAACUUCAUUAAUAGUUAUUUAUUUGUUAUUUUUUCCCAAAGAUUAUGAACGUUGCGACUUGAAUUGCGGUAUGGUUAAUGGUUUUUGCACAAAUACUUAUGAGAAUUCAUUCCUAGUUGAUUUUGAUUGUGUUCUCUGAAAAAACUUGAAUCAAAUUGAAGACCUUUGGUUUUGUCGAGAAUUUCAUAGUUGGUAAUUUUUAUUUGUAAAGUUUAUCGAAUGUGGAAUAAGUGCGUAUUUUGUAUUUUCUUAAAGUGUUAUAAUAUUCUCAAUAGGUUGUGUGCAGUUGUCAGAUUGAUGUUAGAUUUCUAGUUCCAGAUUUUUUAUCACUAGUCAUUAAAUUACUUCAUUUUCUCCUCAGUUUUGAAUAGUAGAUUAGCUCAAUCAAACUUACAAAUGAAAAUUGUUUAUUGUAAAUUUUCGAUAUAGGCAUUUGUUUGAAGUGAAAUGUAAAGUUAAUAAAGAUAUCUUUGUA